AGAACAAGCAGAUCCACCCCCCAAAAAUACCUGAACGCUUCGCCUCGGUCGAAGACCUCAUCCCGAUCCCGAAUCGGGAUCCCGCGCCACCGACCCUUCAACCCUUCACGGCACACACAUGGACAUGGACCGCCGUCCACGGCCGAGACGGCGCUGCGCAAGAAGUCGACGUCCUGGACGCUGCCGCCUCCCUGGCCCCGGGUGGAGGAUUAUGCGUCUUGCCGCCUCAUUGAUAGCUGCCGGAUUGCGCAUGCGUUUCGAGAUCGACGGGUGGUGGUCAUCCUCGGAGAGCAGGGCAUGGGCAAAACGGCCAUGUGUCGUGAAUUCUGCGGUCACUUCUCAGCUCCGGGCCGGCUCUUCGCUGAUCGGGUGGUCUUGCUGGACGAGGCGGACUUCAAGUCCACAGAGAUGGUUCCAGACAAGCUCAAGUAUGUGUCCAGCGUGAUCUUCAAGAAAAUCGAUGAGAAGGUCGUUCAGUCGGGCCUCAACUCAAGCACAUCAAUGGUUGAAGCCUUACAUCAGCUGGACCGCCUUGGAUUCUGGCUACUUGUGGUGGAUGGCCUGUCAGAGAUUGCAGAUCUGGGUCCCGAGAUCAUCCUCUCCCUGGAUUCCGUUCUGAGCACGUCGGGCGCCAUGAAACUGCUGCUCACCUCGCGGACACGGCCGUCUUUGGAGCGCGCGGGCUCCGGCGGCGGAUUUCGGGCUGGGAAGGCCGUGGAGCUUCCGGUGUCGCCCUUGCCACCCACCGCAGCAGCCGAACUCUUCUUCCGCAGGGCCAAGAGGCCCCUCUAUCCUCAAGACUUCGACUCGGUGGUCACCGUGACACAGCCCUUGCAGUACGAGCCCAGCAUCCUGGAGAGGCUGGCUGCCAGCCCGUUGCUCCACAUUCUUGGAGGCAUCCCCGGACGCCUGGCUGACGCGGCUGCGCUGGUGAAUAGCGAAUUGAACUCCUUGCUCCAACAUCCGGCCCUGCCAGCUGACUGGAACAUUGUCGACAGUGCUGAUGCAAUGGAUUUGGAACUACAACCAGUGGGACCCUAAACUUCACGAAGAUCACCCUCAGGAGGACAACUUCUUCGGCUUUCGCGCACCAGCUUGACCGCCGCCCUGUGCGCCCUCGCGGACCCUCGCGGACGCGGCGACACGAACGCCGGCGCGGCCGGUGGAAGGAUGGCGCGAUGAGGUUUCCUGAAGCGAAGGAUGACACCGGAUGCAGUGACACUUGGGGGAGUCCCAACAUCUGC